UUUCCAGUAGAAGUUUCGUAGUUUCCUAGUUUUCUUAAAAUAAUUUUUAGUUUACAAAUGGUUGAAUAAUUCUUAGUCAUUGAACUUUUGUUUUAUUUUUUUUUCAAAUUAGUGAAUUAGUAAAAAAUUAAAUAGGAAUGGCGGCAUUUGAUUCAUCCAAUGGAAGCAAUGGCGAUUGGAUAUGUCCGGAUCCAGACUGCAAAAAUUUAAACUUUUCACGACGUACUCAUUGUAAUCGGUGCCAAAAAGAAAAAGAAUCCUUAUCUGCAGGUCAAACAACUAAAAAAAAAUUAGGUACCGAAAUAGGAAAAGCAGCAGCAGAAAAAAGUAGAGGUUUAUUUAGUGCAGAGGACUGGCAAUGUAGUAAAUGUGGUAACGUGAAUUGGGCAAGACGCCAAACAUGUAAUAUGUGUAAUGCUCCAAAAUUUACCGAAGUAGAAAAGCGAACUGGAUAUGGAGGUGGAUAUAAUGACAGAGGUGUUGUUGAAUAUAAAGAACGACGUGAUUCUGAUGAUGAUGAAUAUGAUGAAUUUGGAAGGAGAAAAAAAAGAAAGACAACAAACUUAGAUAAUAAAAAGAAUAUUAAGAAAGACUUAGAUUUGAAAAAUAGAAAACCCAGUGAAGUGAAAGCAAAUGAAAAAAAAGAUAAAUAUGAUGUAGCAGAUGAUGAUGAUGAAGACGAAGAUGAUGAAGGUGGUGAUUUGUCAAAAUAUGAUUUAUGGGGAUCAGAUAAUGACGAAAUAAAUGAUAAAAAAUCUGACGCUAAAAUAAGUAAUGAUGAAGUGUAUGAAAGUAGAAAUGAUAAUUCAAGUAGCCGAACGAGAGAUUCACAUACAAAAUCCAGGUCAAAAUCAAAAUCACGAUCUUCAUCUAGCUCAACGUCAUCAUCAUCUUCAUCUGCAAGAUCUUCCCGUUCGUCCGGAAGAAGCAACUCUCGUUAUAGUUCUGAUAAAUCUCACAGAAAACGGGAAGAAAGAAGAAGCGAUUAUAAUUCGAAGUACAAAUACAAGUCGCGACCCAGAUCAUCAAGGUCAAAAUCUUCAGAUUCUUAUGGUUCAAAAACGUCCAUUCGUGAUCGUAAAGAUCGUUCCAGAAGUCGUAGUCGAUCUAAUAGGCACUAAGAUUAUUUUUUAUAUGGUUCAAAAAGUGAAUUUUUUACAGCAUUAGUAAAAAGUAUUUUAAAGGAAAUAUUUUACAGAAAAUAUUAUGGAAUAAAAGCUUUCCUAUUUUUGAUAUAAAAAAAAAAGGAUAACACAAACAAACACUCAAUAAUCAUUUUACUUUACUAAUAGUUAUAAACUUAUUAGCUUUUGAAAAUCUACCUUGUCAGAAAUCCAUUUUUAAAACAAUUUGCAGGAAUUUUAAAUAUGUAUCAACUAAA